UCUGGAGAACGGCUCCGGCGCGAGUGCUCCCCGCGAACCGGUGUGCGGCGUCCGUGGGCAUCUGCGCGUUCGGGUCCUGGACGCUGCAGCGUCGCAGCUCACCGCGGCCGGAGACAGAGCGAGGGGGCGGCGUGCGUCGGCGCGGCCGCUCACACCGCCGCUGAAUCACUGCGCGGCGCCGCGGCGGCGUAGGCCCGUUCAGACGGGGACCGUUCCGGUGCCAGAGCCCCAGCUUCCGCCCUCACCCAUGGACGUCGUCGGCUUCGUGUGCGCCGUGCUCCUGAGCGCCGCCGUGGCCGUCGGGAAGCCGACGCUGAGGAAGGAGCGAGUUCUCCGCGACCCGGAGCUGAGCCGCCAGGCGCACGAGGACAACAAAAGCUUCCAGUACGACCACGAGGCCUUUCUGGGCAAAGACGAGGCCAAGACGUUCGACCAGCUCACCCCCGAGGAGAGCAAGGACAGGCUCGGUAAGAUUGUGGACCGGAUAGACAGCAACGCAGACGGCUACAUCACCACAGAGGAGCUGAAGGCCUGGAUCAAGCGCGUGCAGAAGCGCUACGUGUACGAGAACGUGGCCAAGGUGUGGAGCGACUACGACCUGAACAAAGACAACAAGAUUUCCUGGGACGAGUACAAGCAGGCCACGUACGGCUACUACCUGGCCAACCCGGAGGAGUUCGAGGACGCCACCGACCAGUUCAGCUUCAAGAAGAUGCUCCCGCGAGACGAGCGGAGGUUCAGGACGGCCGACCUGAACGGGGACCGGGCGGCAGACAGGGAGGAGUUCACAGCCUUCCUCCACCCCGAGGAGUUCGAGCGCAUGAAGGACACCGUGGUUCUGGAAACCCUGGAGGACAUUGACAAGAACGGUGACGGCCACGUGGAUGAGGAUGAGUAUAUCGCGGACAUGUUCGCUCACGAGGACGGGGGCCCAGAGCCAGACUGGGUCAAGACGGAGAGGGAACAGUUCUCCGACUUCAGAGAUCUGAAUAAAGACGGCAAGAUGGACCAGGAUGAGAUCCGCCACUGGAUCAUGCCCCAGGACUACGACCACGCCCAGGCUGAGGCCAGACACCUGGUCUACGAGUCUGACCAGGACAAGGAUCAGAUGCUGACCAAGGACGAAAUCCUUGACAACUGGAACAUGUUCGUUGGAAGUCAGGCCACCAACUACGGAGAGGACCUGACCCGGAACCACGACGAGCUCUGAGCGUUGAGUGUUGGAGUGAGUGGGCUCGUUGAGCUCUGUUUGCAAAGACAGAACCACAGACUAGAUCCGUUCCUCCUGUCACCAUCACUCCUCCACAGCAGCGGCCUUCUGCCGGUGCUGAUGUUGAAACCACGGAGCCAGACGACGGGGAGGGGUCGGUGCCGCCGCUAACGCUACGGACCCGUCUCCGUGUUCAUACCGAUGGUUCUGUUUCUGACAUUCAGGAGCACAGCCGGACCCAGAGGACUUGCUUUUUAUCGACGGUGCCUUCCAGCCGCGUCGCGGCUGUCGCUGCCUCAGAGUCUUUUACAAAAGCCGGCGAGAGCUGAGCUUUCUGCGAAUGGUCACGUACAGAAACACCAACGCUAAUGUGAAACUACAGCUCAGAAUCUCUCUGCUGAUUUAAUUUAUUUGUUAAAUAACCUCUGAACUUUAGGUCUGACUCAGUGAUUCAGUGUUGAAAUAGACAUUUCAAGUUUAAGACGCACGUUUAAUUUUCUGGCCAAAUCCUUUUAUUGCUAUUAGGUUAGUGCUUUAGCAGCUGUUAAUUGAAACUUAAUGGCGUUGGUUUUAGUGAAGCCUGUGAAUGAAUUGUCAAAUUUAAUUAAGGUUGAAUUCAUAAGAGGAAAGGAGAAAACUUUCCUCAUGUCUGAUAUAAGUUGUAUAGAAAACUGGGUCCAUUUCUUGCUUAUUCAUUAGUUUGUAUGAUGGCUACAUUCACUAAUGAAGAGAACAAUAUUUCAAUCUUGUGAUCGUUAGUCAUAAUAACUCUCCUGUCUUCCAAAACUACCUGCGCAAAAUAAAACUUGUGUAUGUUGUAAUUUUGCAUGUUAAAUAUAAAAACACUCCUGCACACA